CGCACACUCCGCUCCUCACAAGAUCUCCUUCUCUCUAGUUCCCUGGUCUCCUCCUCCCAUGCCCGCCUCCAGGACUUCUCCAGGAUUGUAAGCUCCAAAGUCUCUGGUCAUCUCCUGUACUGUGUCCGCAGUCUAUGGUCAUCUCCUGUACUAUGUCCGCAGUCUCUGGUCAUCCCUGUACUGUGUCCGCAGUCUCUGGUCAUCCCUGUACUGUGUCCGCAGUCUCUGGUCAUCCCUGUACUGUGUCCGCAGUCUCUGGUCAUCUCCUGUACUGUGUCCGCAGUCUCUGGUCAUCUCCUGUACUGUGUCCGCAGUCUCUGGUCAUCUCCUGUACUGUGUCCGCAGUCUCUGGUCAUCUCCUGUACUGUGUCCGCAGUCUCUGGUCAUCUCCUGUACUAUGUCCGCAGUCUCUGGUCAUCUCUUGUACUGUGUCCGCAGUCUCUGGUCAUCCCCUGUACUGUGUCUGUAGUCUCUGGUCAUCUCUGUACUGUCCGCAGUCUCUGGUCAUCUCCUGUACUGUCCGCAGUC